GGAUAAAUGGAGUCGUAGUUAGUUUUCUCAUUGAUACUGGAGCUAUGAGUACUAUAAUGUCACAAACGUUCUAUAAUAGGAUUAGAAAAGAUGAGGAAACUGAUCUUCAAUGCACUAAUAUCAAACUCCAGCAAGCUGAUGGUGCACCAGUGAGAGUUUUUGGGACUACAACUAUGAAUAUGCAAAUUGGACAAGCUUAUCUAUCAACCAAGUUUUUGGUAGCGAACAUUCAGAAUGAUGGCAUACUAGGUAUGGAUGUGUUACUAGCCACAAAGAGCACAAUAGACUGUGACAAAUGUGAGCUGAUAAUGGAUGGUAAUGUCAUUCAGUGUACAAACUCUGAUGGAGGAACCUUGCUUACAAGACAGAUUGAUGUGAAUGUGGAUAUUGAUGUAGCUACCCAAGUUCCCGAAUUUCUCCAUGAUUUAUAUGAGAAGUCUAAGGUGAAUAAUGACAGCUCAGAUUAUCUAAAACUUGCAAAACUUCUUUCUGACUACCAGGAUGUGUUCUCCCGGGGUGAUCAUGACAUUGGCAAGACAGACAAAGUGAGACAUAGCAUUCAUACGACUUGCCUAGCACCAAUCCGACAGCGACCACGACGUUCCCCAAUUGGCCAAAGGGAAGAGAUGGAAAAACAGAUUUACGAUUUACGAUGUUACUUCUUUGCAGUACAUGUAAGGCUGGUUUUACUUCACGGGCAGAGCUAAACAGACACAUGAAAGAGGCCCAUGGACGUGAACUAACGCUGAAAUGCAAGACUUGUGCAUAUGAAACCACUGAGGGGAUUAAAUUCCGUAGGCAUUAUAGGAGAACUCAUAACCUCUCCAAAAGCGAUACUUUAGCAGUGGCUUUCUCCGCGGCAUCAGAUCGUUAUACGUUGAAGCAAGAAAACC